AUGGCGUCACUCAUCACUCUCAGAACUGCCGACGACGUCGUUUUUGAAGUCGAACGUGCAUUGGUGAAGAACAUGAAAACAUUGCAAGAUAUCGUCGAUGCGGACGACGCUAAACUCAACGUCAUUCCCCUUCCCAAUGUUUCCGGCAACCACAUGACGAUGAUCAUCGAAUACUACCGUCUCUCUGACGCCGGUAAAGUGAAGGAAUUCUCCGUCGAGAAACUGGAUAACGAAGAGUUGAAGGAUUUUCUCCUUGCAGUGCAUUAUCUGAACAUAGAUUCGCUUUUCGAGUUCCUUACUCAGGCGGUGGCUAAUCGGAUCGAGAACAGGAGCGUUCGUUACGUGCGGGAGUAUUUUGGUAUCGAAAACGAUUUCACGCCGGAGGAAGAGGCGGCUAUCCGUGAAAAGAACGCCUGGAGUUUUAAAGGUGAGGGUAUUGAACCUGAGGAGUGA